GUGGAGCCCGGGCGGGGCAGCCGCGGCCCAUGGAGCCCGCCGGCCCGGCCCCCGGCCGCCUCGGGCCGCUGCUCUGCCUGCUGCUCGCCGCGUCCUGCGCCUGGUCAGGGUCACACUGCAAGCAUCGCUUCAUCACCUCCAGGUUUCAUCUGAACCCGGCAAAUGCUCCAUAGGGCUCCCAGCGCCGCCUGUCCCCGCUGCCUCCUUGCCGGCAGUGUGCUCAGCCUGCUUACAGGCCCUUGCCAGAGGGGCCUCAUGCAUGCAUCGAGGCAGAGCUGGUUCUGCCUCGGAGAGGAUCCUGAGCCUCUCAGGCUUAAGGACGUGGUCAUCUGUCACCCCCUUCAUCUUUAGACACCCAUCUGCAUGGUGACAGCUGCUCUGCAUUGAGUACUUACUCUGUGCCAGGCACGCUAGCCCGUUUCAUCCUCAGAACAGCCCUGGUGUUGUUGUUAUCAUCAUCAUCAUCAUCAUCAUCAUCAUCAUCAUCAUGAGAGCCAUUCUACAGAUAAAGAGCCAGAGGUCCAGAGUGGGCGAGACAUUUCCUGGAGUCUCAUGGGUAGCAGAGUUGGAAUCCAAAUCAAAACAUACUUUCAGCCAGUGCCAGGCACUGCUCCAACCCUGGGGAAGAAAACUCAGUUCCUGCUCUCAAAGGACUUAUAAGAGUGGCGGGUGAGGAGGAGCUGCAGGUGAUUCAGCCUGACAAGUCCGUGUUGGUUGCAGCUGGAGAGACGGCCACUCUGCACUGCACUGCGACCUCUCUGAUCCCUGUGGGGCCCAUCCAGUGGUUCAGAGGAGCUGGACCAAGCCGCGAAUUAAUCUACAAUCAAAAAGAAGGCCACUUCCCCCGGGUAACAACAGUUUCAGACCUCACAAAGAGAAACAACAUGGACUUUUCCAUCCGCAUCAGUAACAUCACCCCAGCAGAUGCCGGCACCUACUACUGUGUGAAGUUCCGGAAAGGGAGCCCCGACGACGUGGAGUUUAAGUCUGGAGCAGGCACUGAGCUGUCUGUGCGUGCCAAACCCUCUGCCCCCGUGGUAUCGGGCCCUGCGGCGAGGGCCACACCUCAGCACACAGUGAGCUUCACCUGCGAGUCCCACGGCUUCUCACCCAGAGACAUCACCCUGAAAUGGUUCAAAAAUGGGAAUCAGCUCUCAGACUUCCAGACCAACGUGGACCCCGUAGGAGAGAGCGUGUCCUACAGCAUCCACAGCACAGCCAAGGUGGUGCUGACCCGCGAGGACGUUCACUCUCAAGUCAUCUGCGAGGUGGCCCACGUCACCUUGCAGGGGGACCCUCUUCGUGGGACUGCCAACUUGUCUGAGACCAUCCGAGUUCCACCCACCUUGGAGGUUACUCAGCAGCCCGUGAGGGCAGAGAACCAGGUGAAUGUCACCUGCCAGGUGAGGAAGUUCUACCCCCAGAGACUACAGCUGACCUGGUUGGAGAAUGGAAACGUGUCCCGGACAGAAACGGCCUCAACCCUUACAGAGAACAAGGAUGGUACCUACAACUGGAUGAGCUGGCUCCUGGUGAAUGUAUCUGCCCACAGGGAUGAUGUGAAGCUCACCUGCCAGGUGGAGCAUGACGGGCAGCCAGCGGUCAGCAAAAGCCAUGACCUGAAGGUCUCAGCCCACCCGAAGGAGCAGGGCUCAAAUACCGCCGCUGAGAACACUGGAUCUAAUGAGCGGAACAUCUAUAUUGUGGUGGGUGUGGUGUGCACCUUGCUGGUGGCCCUCCUGAUGGCGGCCCUCUACCUCGUCCGAAUCAGACAGAAGAAAGCCCAGGGCUCCACUUCUUCUACAAGGUUGCAUGAGCCCGAGAAGAAUGCCAGAGAAAUAACACAGGUACAGUCCUUGGACACAAAUGAUAUCACAUAUGCGGACCUGAACCUGCCCAAGGGGAAGAAGCCUGCUCCCCAGGCUGCGGAGCCCAACAACCACACGGAGUAUGCCAGCAUUCAGACCAGCCCGCAGCCCGCAUCGGAGGACACCCUCACCUAUGCUGACCUGGACAUGGUCCACCUCAACCGGACCCCCAAGCAGCCGGCCCCCAAGCCUGAGCCGUCCUUCUCAGAGUACGCCAGCGUCCAGGUCCCGAGGAAGUGAAUGGGACCGUGGUUUGCUCUAGCACCCAUCUCUACGCGCUUUCUUGUCCCACAGGGAGCCGCCGUGAUGAGCACAGCCAACCCAGUUCCCGGAGGGCUGGGGCGGUGCAGGCUCUGGGACCCAGGGGCCAGGGUGGCUCUUCUCUCCCCACCCCUCCUUGGCUCUCCAGCACUUCCUGGGCAGCCACGGCCCCCUCCCCCCACAUUGCCACACACCUGGAGGCUGACGUUGCCAAACCAGCCAGGGAACCAACCUGGGAAGUGGCCAGAACUGCCUGGGGUCCAAGAACUCCUGUGCCUCCGUCCAUCAUCAUGUGGGUUUUGGAGACCCUCGACUGCCUCCCCGAUGCUCCGAAGCCUGAUCUUCCAGGGUGGGGAGGAGAAAAUCCCACCUCCCCUGACCUCCACCACCACCACCACCACCACCACCACCACUACCACUACCACUACCACUACCACCACCACCACUACCACCACCCAACUGGGGCUAGAGUGGGGAAGAUUUCCCCUUUAGAUCAAACUGCCCCUUCCAUGGAAAAGCUGGAAAAAAACUCUGGAACCCAUAUCCAGGCUUGGUGAGGUUGCUGCCAACAGUCCUGGCCUCCCCCAUCCCUAGGCUAAAGAGCCAUGAGUCCUGAAGGAGGAGAGGACCCCUCCCAAAGGACUGGAGACAAAACCCUCUGCUUCCUCGGGUCCCUCCAAGACUCCCUGGGGCCCAACUGUGUUGCUCCACCCGGACCCAUCUCUCCCUUCUAGACCUGAGCUUGCCCCUCCAGCUAGCACUAAGCAACAUCUCGCUGUGGACGCCUGUAAAUUACUGAGAAAUGUGAAACGUGCAAUCUUGAAACUGAGGUGUUAGAAAACUUGAUCUGUGGUGUUUUGUUUUGUUUUUUUUCUUAAAACAACAGCAACGUGAUCUUGGCUGUCUGUCAUGUGUUGAAGUCCAUGGUUGGGUCUUGUGAAGUCUGAGGUUUAACAGUUUGUUGUCCUGGAGGGAUUUUCUUACAGCGAAGACUUGAGUUCCUCCAAGUCCCAGAACCCCAAGAAUGGGCAAGAAGGAUCAGGUCAGCCGCUCCCUGGAGACACAGCCUUCUGGCUGGGACUGACUUGGCCAUGUUCUCAGCUGAGCCACGCGGCUGGUAGUGCAGCCUUCUGUGACCCCGCUGUGAUAAGUCCAGCCUGCCCAGGGCUGCUGAGGGCUGGCUGCCUCUUGACAGUGCAGUCUUAUCGAGACCCAACGCCUCAGUCUGCUCAUCCGUAAAGUGGGGAUAGUGAAGAUGACACCCCUCCCCACCACCUCUCAUAAGCACUUUAGGAACACAUAGAGGGUAGGGAUAGUGGCCCUGGCCGUCUGUCCUACCCCUUUAGUGACUGCCCCCAUCCCGGCUUUCUGAGCUGAUCCUUGAAGAAGAAAUCUUCCAUUUCUGCUCUCAAACCCUACUGGGAUCAAACUGGAAUAAAUUGAAGACAGCCAGGGGAUGGUGCAGCUGUGAAGCUCGGGCUGAUUCCCCCUCUGUCCCAGAAGGUUGGCCAGAGGGUGUGACCCAGUUACCCUUUAACCCCCACCCUUCCAUCGGGUGUGAGGGCCUGACCGGGCCCAGGGCAAGCAGAUGUCGCAAGCCCUAUUUAUUCAGUCUUCACUAUAACUCUUAGAGUUGAGACGCUAACGUUCAUGACUCCUGGCCUUGGGAUGCCCAAGGGAUUUCUGGCUCAGGCUGUAAAAGUAGCUGAGCCAUCCUGCCCAUUCCUGGAGGUCCUACAGGUGAGACUGCAGGAGCUCAGCAUAGACGCAGCUCUCUGGGGGAUGGUCACCUGGUGAGUUCAAUGAUGGCAUCCAGGAAUUAGCUGAGCCAACAGACCAUGUGGACAGCUUUGGCCGGAGCUCCCGUGUGGCAUCUGGGAGCCACAGUGACCCAGCCACCUGGCUCAGGCUAGUUCCAAAUUCCAAAAGAUUGGCUUGUAAACCUUCGUCUCCCUCUCUUUUACCCAGAGACAGCACAUACGUGUGCACACGCAUGCACACACACAUUCAGUAUUUUAAAAGAAUGUUUUCUUGGUGCCAUUUUCAUUUUAUUUUAUUUUUUAAUUCUUGGAGGGGGAAAUAAGGGAAUAAGGCCAAGGAAGACGUAUAGCUUUAGCUUUAGCCUGGCAACCUGGAGAAUCCACAUACCUUGUGUAUUGAACCCCAGGAAAAGGAAGAGGUCGAACCAACCCUGCGGAAGGAGCAUGGUUUCAGGAGUUUAUUUUAAGACUGCUGGGAAGGAAACAGGCCCCAUUUUGUAUAUAGUUGCAACUUAAACUUUUUGGCUUGCAAAAUAUUUUUGUAAUAAAGAUUUCUGGGUAAUAACGAG